GCGCAGAAGAGGAAAGCGACAUGGACUACAGCGAUGUGAACGACUAUUGGUUCGACUGGGUCCAGCUCGACAAAGCAGAGGCCAAGGCGCGUUCGCGCUCGAUGCCCGCUAGCCGCAGCCGCGAUGGAGACAGGUCCUUGAGGACCGUCUCCGCGGCAACCUGCAAUGACGGCGAAGAGAUGUCUCCUCAGGGUCAGGGAUCGCUGGCAUUGCACCAGGCGCCAACACCAGCACGUGCACGCGGCGCCCGUGUGCGAGCAACGCCACCCCGUCGCAGUGCAGGUGCACUCAGACGAG